UGCUUAAGCUGUCCCUGAUGGGAGAUGUUGCUCUACAAGAGACAAAUCAGUGGCCUGCUCUUUAUUCCCCUCAAUCUUGUGCUCCUUGCACUUCCACUAGAAUCCCAGAGAGGUUUCUUUUGUCCCAAAGGCUGUUUGUUUUCUUUUGACCACUCAGAACUUGUGAUACUUGUCUUGAUCUAUUAACCAGGUGUCCAGCCAAAAUCAAUUGCCUGGCAGGCUCAGACCAUUACCCGAAAAGUCAAGACCUCCAUAAAUAUUCCCGGCCUCAUUGUGCUGGUGACAGAUUCUGCAGGUUGUUUUAUGUUACAGUUGAACAGUUUAGACAUUGCAUUUGUAUAUAUUUGCAGGCAGCCCUGCAGGGACCAUCUCUGAGCAGAGUGGGAGCAGCAGCCUGCAGACUCCAGCACCUCCAGCAUGACCAGGGCAGGAAUUUUGGUGCUCCUCUCCUUCGCGCUUUGCUGCGCCCCAGAUACUGUCUUUGGGAUUGAGGUGGACUGCAGUACCUAUCCCAACACCACAAACGAGGAGGGCAAAGAGGUGCUGGUGUGCAGCGAGGCCGUCAGCCCCAUCUGCGGCUCCGACGGCGUCACCUACGGCAACGAGUGCCUGCUCUGUGCCUACAACGUAGAAUAUGGAACCAAUGUCAGCAAAGACCACGAUGGAGAGUGCAAAGAAGUUGCCCCUGUGGAUUGCAGCAGGUACCCCAACUCAACCAGUGAGGAGGGCAAAGUGGGGCUGAUCUGCAGCAAAGACAUCAGCCCCGUCUGCGGGACCGACUGGGUCACCUACGACAACGAGUGCCUGCUCUGCGCCCGGAGCCUGGAGGCUGGAACCAGCAUUGGCAAGAAGGCUGACGGUGAAUGUAAGAAGGAAAUUGUUGCAGUUGACUGCAGUGACUACCCCAAACCUGUCUGCUCACUGGACUACAUGCCUCUCUGUGGCUCUGACAACACAACAUACAACAAUAAGUGUAUCUUCUGCAACGCAGUCGUGGACAGCAAUGGGACUAUCUCUUUGAGCCAUUUUGGAAAAUGCUGAGUAUAGUGCCAAGAGAAUUCACCACAGGAUCCCCACUGGA